CAGGGUGCAGACCUCAGGCCUGCGUGCCUUUGAGAAGGGAUCGGUGGCAUCCCAGGCCCUCUACUGCCCCUCCACUUCAGGUGUCUCCGGUGUUUGGCUGUUGGCCACGGUGGGCAGAACUGUUCCUGGCGUUAGGCCCCAACACCAGUUGCAGGAAAACCUCCCUUCUGUGUGCCGGAGCGAGGGAGCUGGAGGAGGAGCAGCAGGAAGGCAGCGCCGAGCCCGCUGCGAGGGAAGGGCCCAGGGAGAAGUCACCAUCCCCAGGGUGAGCGGAGGCGGCUCCUCCAGCCGGGAUCCAGCGGUCACCCUGUGCACGAGGGAAUAAAUCACAAGAUAGUGGGAUAGCAGAGAUGGAGGAACUGCCAGUCCCACAUAACAUCAAAAUAAGCAACAUCACGUGUGAUUCCUUCAAGAUUUCUUGGGAUAUGGAUUCUAAAUCCAAGGACCGCAUCACCCAUUACUUCAUCGAUCUCAACAAGAAAGAAAACAAGAAUUCCAACAAAUUUAAACACAAGGACGUACCCACUAAACUGGUGGCCAAAGCUGUUCCUUUGCCUAUGACAGUCCGCGGGCACUGGUUUUUGAGUCCGAGAACGGAAUACACAGUAGCAGUGCAGACAGCAUCAAAGCAAGUUGAUGGCGAUUAUGUCGUUUCUGAGUGGAGUGAAAUCAUCGAAUUUUGCACAGCAGAUUAUUCAAAAGUUCACCUAACACAGCUUUUGGAAAAAGCUGAAGUGAUUGCAGGCCGUAUGCUUAAACUGUCUGUUUUUUAUCGGAAUCAGCACAAAGAAUACUUUGAUUACAUGAGAGAGCAUCACGGAAAUGCUAUGCAGCCCUCUGUUAAGGAUAACAGUGGCAGCCAUGGCUCUCCUAUCAGUGGGAAGCUGGAAGGCAUCUUCUUUAGCUGCAACACUGAAUUUAACACGGGGAAGCCACCACAGGAUUCACCUUAUGGAAGAUACAGGUUUGAGAUUGCAGCUGAAAAACUCUUCAACCCCAAUACUAACUUGUACUUUGGAGACUUCUACUGCAUGUACACAGCCUACCACUACGUCAUUCUCGUUAUCGCCCCUCUUGGCUCACCGGGAGAUGACUUCUGUAAGCAGCGCCUUCCUCAACUGAAUAUAAAAGAUAAUAAAUUUCUGACCUGCAACGAAGAAGACGGCGUACUGGUUUACCAUCAUGCCCAAGAUGUUAUUUUGGAAGUCAUUUACACUGAUCCUGUGGAUCUCUCCCUUGGCACAGUUGCAGAAAUUACUGGGCACCAACUAAUGAGCUUGUCUACUGCAAACGCAAAGAAAGAUCCUAGCUGCAAGACCUGCAAUAUCAGUGUUGGACGUUAAAACUUCCCUUAUUACUUAGGCGUCGUCAAACCUCUGUCGUGCGUGUCCAUAGUCAGACGUUCUCUUCAGAAGCAUGCAGAUGCCGCUGUCACCAAAAGCAAACACGAGUUGUCAACAUCUUCAAUGGCGGUUUUUUAGUAUAUCUUCUCUUCCUCUUUCC